AGGGGGCGGAAACGUCAUGUGUGUGAGUCUGUACCGACAGAGUGUGUGUAUAUAAGUGAAACCGAACCGAAGGUGUGUACUGUAGAUCCUGCAAUGUCUUCCUACGCUUCAGAGGAGGAGGUUUGGAAGUUGCCGGAGCAAGAUUUUACUUGGGAUGUAACUUCUGAACUAGCUCUUUACCAGGCGUUGCUGAUUCAUAAACCUGCUGGGAUCAAUAAACAUUUCGCCGUUGCUCUAGUAUCAGAUCGUUUGACGGAGGAGCUAGGGAAAGAGGUUCUACCCUCUUCUAUCUGGAAGAAACUAAAAUCUAUGUUUGAUCUGAGAGCAGUGGAGGACAGAGAGGAUAAGAUUCCUUUUUCGUUGGAGGUGAAGGAGUUCCGAUUACCGAGAAAAGAUUUUGAAACUUUGAUUCUUAAUCGUCAGUGUGACUGGAGAGAGAAGUCUAGAAGCCGAUACUUCAUGUCCAGAACUCCGUCCACGCCUAAAUCUGAAGGAUCGGAGUCCAGGAGUUCGCCUUAUCAUAGAGACCUUGAUAUUGAUAACUCGGACGACGAUGAUGAUAUUGAUUAUGAUCUCGUAUCUGAUGAUGACGAUGACGAUCAUUUUGCUCACCUGGAGGUGGAGAGUAAUAAAUCUGACGGCAGACCUGAAACUGAGGAUGAUGAACGUAUUCGUGAUCUGGAGAAGGACGAGGAUGAAGACGAUAUUAUCCCGGAGCGGAGAGAGGAAUGGUUGAACGCAGAAGCAAGGGAAGAAAUAAUUAAAAAAUUAAAUGAAAAGCUUCGGGAAGAUGAAAAGGAAACCGAGAAAGAAAAGUUUUUGGAUGAAGAAACAGAAAAUGAGCCGAGCAGAGAAACAGAUAGGGAAAACGAAAAAGAUAUUGAUACAGAAAAGGAAAAAACUGAAGAGAAGGAAAAGGAGAAAGAUAAAAAUCCGGAGAAAGAAGUUGAAAAAGAAAGAGAAAAGGAUAAAGACAAAUCUAAGUUUAUUCUGAAAAAUGUUCGAACUGAACCAAGAACCCCAAAAGAAGAUGACAAGUUUGCUCCGAAACGUCAUAUAACAAGAUCCACACCAAGCACAACUCCUAAUAAACGAAAAAAAUAAAUCAUAUUUUCUGUCUGUCCCUCAGUAUUUAUAUCUUAAAAAUUCUCUGCAUUAAUGUAUCUCGUGCUUUCAGA